AUGGAGGACGGCGAGGAGAAGGUGCCUGCUGCCAUGGAGGACGGCGAGGAGAAGCUGCCCGCUGCCAUGGACGACGCCGAAAAAGUUGCAGGGCUGCGGCGGUGCGGCCGGAGCUGCCGUUCCCGGUGGCUGAACUACCUCCGCCCGGGCCUGAAGCACGGAAAUUUCACGGCGGCCGAGGAGAGGGUCAUCUGCGAGAUGUACAGCAAGAGGGGAAGCUGCUGGUCCGUCAUCGCUGCCCAGCUCCCGGGGAGGACAGACCUCGCUAUCAAGAACUACUGGAACAGCACGCUCAGGAAGAAGUUCCCGGCGGCGAGAACAUCCGCGGCCGCGGCCUACCACCGCCGGAACCGCCCGGCCUGCAGCACGUCGUCCGACGCCGGGACGCCGGCGCGGGACCUGCAGCUGGUUUUCUACAGCAGCGAGGAGAGCUCCACGGCAGGGUCCAGCCCUGCCAAGCCCGUCUUGGCCGGCCCGACGCCGGUGCAAGCAGUGCAGCCGCCGGUUCCGGUCGUUGCCGCUCAGCCGAUCGCGGCGGCCCCGGUUAGCGGACCGGUGAAGAUCGAGCAGAAGCAGGCCGUGGUGAGCCUACCGCGUCUGGGGAAGACGCCGCCGCCGCCGCCACCACCACCACGGGCCUGUGAUCAGACCGGCGAGAGGGUCAUGGAUAUCGUCUGCGCUCCCAUGUCUCCUGCUCCUCUGAGCUUCAUGGAACCGGAUGAGUUGGCCUGCAUCUACCAGUUCGAUGACAUUGAUAGCUUCUUGCCGUGGUUUGAUCAUCACUAA